AUGGAACAAACAAUUAAUGAUUCAAUUUUACGAUCAAAAUCUUCAAAUAUGAAUGAUUUAUCAACAACAACAAAUAACAUAAAUCAUGAUGAUGGCGGUGAUGAUGAUGAUGAAAUCGAUCAUGAUUCAGCUCAUUUAGUUGAAUUAAAUAAUCGAAUUAAAAGUGAUUUUAUGUCUUAUUGUUUAUCAUUUGUACAAGAAGAUGAAGAAGCUCGAGAAUGUGUUCAUAUUGUAUGGAAUAAAUAUUUACAAUGUGUUGGUGAUGUAUCGAUGAUAUCCGCUUUUUUCGAUACACUUCCAUUUAAUAUGAAAUCGUUAGUAUUUCCUAAAUAUCAAAAUGAAAUAAAUGAAUGGUAUCAAGAUUUAUUUCAUAUUAAUUCUAAUACAAUUCUAUAUUCAACAUUUUAUUCUGAAACAUUUUCACGUAUAAUACGUUAUGCAAUUAAGCAAUCUCAUAAGGAAAAUGAUUUCUUAAAUAAAAAAGCUAUUAUUUAUGUAUCAGUUGAUUUUAAUAAUCAUUUAAAAACUGAUUUAUUAUCUUCAAUACCAAAUAUUAAGUUUCAAACUGUUCAAAAUAAUGUUUUAUUUGAAGAUAUGAUUGAUAUUAAUCAAUUAAAUGAAAUUAUUAAACAUGAUUUAAAUGAUACACAAUCUUAUCCAUGUAUGGUUAUUGCUAAUGCAGGAACUGCUGUAUUAGGUCGUUGUGAUGAAAUAACAAAAAUUAAACAAGUUUGUAAUCAAAAUAAUCUUUGGCUUCAUGUUAUAGGUGAUUUAGUAGGUACAUUAGCAUUAUUAUCAACAGUUAAAGAUACUGUUAAUAUUAAUUGUGAUAGUUUAACAGUUGAUACUGUAAAAUUAUUUGGUAUUCAAAAUUUACCAUAUUUAACAUUUUUUAUUCGUCCAAUAUUAGAUAUAACACAAAAUAAACAAAUCGAAAAUAAUUCUAUACAAGAUGAACAAUUAAAUAAUGAUAAUUCAUCAACAGUAUCAACAGAUAGUACAAAUAGAACAUUAUCAUCAUCAUCAUCUUCUUCCACAACAGCAAAUCAUAAUAAUUCAUCAAUAUCACAUCCAUUUUAUGAUCAUAUUUUACAUAGUCCAUCAAUUAGUUUCUUAAGUCUAUGGUCUAUUAGUCAACGAUGUUCAAAAGCUAAUGUUCUUUAUCAUAUGAAACAUUCAUUUAAUUUAGUAAAUUCAUUAAUGCAACGUUUCAAACAAAUAGGAACAUUAAGAAUACUUAAUGAUGAUAAUAAUCAAGGAAAUUUAACAUUUAAACGUAUUUGUUCAGGUGAUGCACCAGAUGAUCUAUUACCCAAAACUAUUGUUAUUUUUCGCUUUGAAACUAUUGAUGUACCAGAAAUUGAACAUUUGAAUAAUCUUGAUGAUUAUAUUGAUCUUCUUAAUCUCUGGUUAUAUGAUAAACUUUCACAACAAUAUCCUAAGAUGAAUUUACAAUUAAUAAAAAGUGUUCAUUUUCAAAUGUUAAAAUCUAAUAAUAAUAAUGAAAAUAAUCCUACAAAUUUAGCACCAGCACAUGCUAUUCGUUUUGCACCAUUAGAACAUUUACAAGAUGCUAUUGAUGAACAAGAAAUGCAAGCUUUUACGGAUGAUGUACAACGUUAUAGUGAUAUUCUUCUUGCUACAAUGACAGCACGUGCACGUCUUUCAUCAAGUGUAGCUAAAUAUGAAAAUCUUAUUACAAUUCCUAUGUCUCAUUGGGCUGGUAUAGGAGCAGUUCGUUAUAUUCCAACUCGUGAAAAUUCAAUUGAAAAAUCUGAUAUGUCAUCAAAUGAAAUUAAUACAAUUCAAGCUGAAUUAGCAAGAAAAUUACAAACAAAUGAUUCGGCAUUUUCAUUAGGUGGUGGAACAAAUGAACAUGAUUCGAUGUUUUAUUUACGUUUAGGAAUGAUUAGAAAACGUGAUGAUCUUGAUGUAUUAUUACAAAAAAUUGCUGAUGGUGGUAAAGAAACUGAAACGGCAUUAAAAUAUGUUGAAGAUAUGGCAGAAAAAAUUAAAAUAGGAAUAGACAAAGUUCAAAAAGAUUUACAAAAUGAAAAUCAACAAAUACUUGCACAAGAAGGUCUUUUGAGACAAUUACCAGUUAUAUCAAAUAUUAUGUCAUGGUGGAGUCCAUCUCCAACAACAUCACCAUUAGCUACAAAAGGUCGAUCAUUUGAUUUAAAUUCUGGUCGUGUAGAAUCUACUGAAGACACUUAUGCUUAUCGAAUGCAAGUUCAGAAACAAUCACCUCAUGCACCUACGCAUAAUGAUGAUGACGAUGAUGAUCAAAAAAUUAUAACUUCAACAAAUUCUGAUACAAUUUUAAAUUCUACUGAUAGCAAACUUGAACAAAAGGAUAAUCAAUAA